AUGGUUUAUGUCUAUUGGUUGGGUCCAGUGUUGGGCGGAGUGUUGGCCGGAUUGAUAUAUGAGUACAUAUUUGACACUAAAAAGUCUGGCAAAACAAUACGCGAUGCCUUCGAUGAACUGGAAAGAGAAUCAAAUCUGGACGACGAUUACGAGGACCCGGAUAUUAAGAUCAAUAACAAGCCUCCGGUCGUGGCCUACAGUACCACUUCUGGCACGUCGUCGGGCAGUAGUAGCGGUCAUCGGUCUAAUCACACCCAACAGAGCGCUGUCAGCGUUCACGCGCCCAACGGAGGGCCCGGCGCUCAUUACGACACCUUCCGAACGAUGGCCACAAUCAACGCCUACACUCCCACACCGGCGGCGCUCGACGGGGUCGGGGUUUACGGCACUGGCGGUACCGGCGGUACUCCACAUCACGUCAAACUCCCGUCCAAUAACUAUCAUCCAAACAAUUCAAACUAUUCCGGCGUUUACGGCACUCAACGCUACGGACACAACACACUCAGACAAUUGCCCUCACGUAUGGACUACGGGGCGUCGGUCGCCGUGUCCACCGGUCCCGGCAAUACCAAGUUCUAACUUCACGACUGCCCCCACACAACAAAAAGCAUUAACACCCUAACGAAUUUGAUAUUAAUUUUUUUGUGCUGUUUAAUUAUUUGACAAAUUGUAUUUCAUGUGUAAAUAACCAUUUUUGCAAAUGUUAUGGAUUUUUUUGUAGUGUUUUCUCCUUUUUCUUUCUUAUACAGUAUGUAUGAUAUCUGGAGGAAUGGAAGCAUAAAAUAAAUGAUAAUUCGCUUAUGUUUUUUCGGUGGAAAUCUUGUCAAAAGAGAGGCAUUACAUUACAAAACACACAACAAUUAUAUGUACUCUUUUGUACUUAAUAUAAAUGAGAACUAAAAACCCUAACAUUUAAAACACAGCCAACAAACAAAUUACAAACAUUUGUUAGUUUAUAAAAUUAUAUAUAAAAAAAACUUUAAAACAUUUCAUUGUGUUUGUAAUAUUGAAAUAAAAUGGGAGCCCAACUGUGUAUUCGCUUUCGGCAAUACUGAUUAGCCG